AUGAGUUUAGUGGGAAAAGAUGUAGAAGUCUCGUAUGCCGGCACAGCGGCGACGGAGACGGAUGAAAUCAGUUCGGAUGAUGAGGUUCAUCGUCCUCUAUCUCCAGAGUCGGGAGCGGAAGCUCUCUUUAUGUCAGGGCUGCGAACGACAAACAUCUCGGCAAAUGCCUUGGCCACUGAACUCCGCAAGAAUUCGCGUCCCUUUCGUUCCAAUUCCACGGUAGCCACUGACGAUUAUGCUUCUGCUUAUGACAAUUUGGACGAUCUCAUGAACAACAACAACAUUAAAGAAUCUCCGCCAGGCAUCUCCAAGGAACCCAUUUACGAAUUCGAAGAAGAACCAAAAAGCACAAUGUCUACACCCGCUGCAACCACAAGUCCCGCUGACGAAGGCGUCAAGGUCGAUGCCGCUUCCAACGUCUAUGGAGUCGCCAAGAAUGUCUGGGGAUGGGGAAAGGAACAAAUCGUUAUUUCUACCUUUCUUGGAAUCACUGAGGCCGUUGCCGGAAAGGUCGUUGGUAUUGUAGGAACUGACCUGGAAGAAAUUGAUCACAACAUCACGCCUCAGUUGACAAACUUCGACAACAGCGUCAUCAACCCUGCUAUCAAUGCCAUUGUGGGAAUUGUCCUUAAUGCCGCUGGAAAGUCCGAAAACUUUGUCAAGCCCAUUGUUGUCUCCAUUCUGAAGCCCAUUGGCCUUAUCAAGAGCAAGGAUUCUGUCGCACCCGAGUUGACCAACACUCCUCAACCAACCGCAGUCAACUAA